AUGCUCUCCAUCCACUAUACACCAAGUACAGCGCUCGGUACCCUAUCCGCUAGUCGACAACCAAGCGUCCGCCCUUGUCAUCCCUCGUCGGCCCAACGACUCCCCGAUUUUUCCAGCCUUGACUGCAAACUACCUAGACUUCAACGGACGACGGAAGAUGUGAACAAGCAUUCAGCUAUGGAUGACUCCAUCAGUCAGCCUUUUCUCCUUAGCUCCUGUUCCCAUUGCCAUCCCUCCCUGCUCAUGACACUGGGGCCUGGUACUACUUAUAAUCCCCCUAUGCUCCCCCAGUCCAUCACCACAGCCAGGUCCAGACUUUCUUUGUUUAAUCCUCAAACCCUCGCAUUCCUCUCCAUCUACCCGGCCAAUCAACACACAAUACCACGCACAACAAUGAACGAAACCAGGGAUACUCGGCCAGUGAGUACGGCGAAUUCAGAUGCAACCACCAUCGCCAUGCCAAACAACAACUCUACCAUCUCCGCCGAGAAGCAACCCGCAGAUAGCAAUGUCGUUUCGGCCGCACCUUCAGACCGCGCCGUCUCCGUCGACGCCAACGCCCAGGCAUCGGAGAAGCAAACAGCCAGCCACAGCGACGCAGACGAGGUCGACGACCACGAAUAUCCCACGGCUUGGAAACUUGCCGUCAUCACCAUCGCCUUGUGUCUUUCCGUCUUUUGCAUGGCUCUCGACAACACCAUCAUAGCCACCGCCAUCCCUCGUAUCACCGAUCAGUUCAAGGCUCUAAACGACGUCGGCUGGUAUGGUAGCUCGUAUUUGCUCACCACGUGCGCGACUCAGCUCAUCUACGGAAAAUUCUACACCUUCUACUCCAUUAAAUGGGUCUACGUUUCGGCCCUAUUCAUCUUCGAGGUUGGUUCGCUGAUUUGCGGUGUUGCUCCCAACUCCACCACUCUGAUCAUUGGACGUGCCAUCGCGGGUGUCGGCUCUGCUGGCAUUUUCAGCGGCGCAAUUCUAAUCGUCGCAUCGGCUGUUCCGUUACGCCAACGCCCAACCUACAUGGGAUUGAUCGGUGGCAUGUACGGUAUCGCUUCUGUUGCUGGACCUCUACUUGGCGGAGUCUUCACUGACAAGCUGACUUGGCGCUGGUGCUUCUACAUUAACCUGCCAUUCGGAGCCGUGACCGCAGCCUUCAUCAUCCCCUUCUUCAACAUCAAGCGCAAAGGACCCAAGCAGCAAGCCACCUGGAGGGAGCAAGUCGCCAAAUUCGAUCUCUACGGAACCGCCCUCUUCCUCCCCGCCAUCAUCUGCCUCCUCCUCGCGCUCCAAUGGGGCGGCACCACCUACGCAUGGAACGACGGCCGCAUCAUCGCCUGCCUCGUCCUCUUCGCCGUCCUCAUCGCAGGUUUCAUCGCCGUCCAAGUCUGGAAGCAGGAAAACGCCACGGUACCCCCUAGAGUCUUCCUCAACCGCAACGUGUGGGGCUCUGCGCUCUUUAUCUCCAUGCUGGGCGCCGCCUUCUUCGUCGUAGUCUACUACCUCCCGCUCUGGUUCCAAGCCAUCAAAGGCGCCUCGGCCACCAAAUCCGGCAUCAUGAACCUCCCCGCGAUCCUGGGCCUCGUCAUCAUCUCCAUGCUGGGCGGCGCCGCCGUCUCGGCCAUCGGCUACUACACCCCCUUUAUGCUUACCUCAUCCAUCCUCAUGGCCGUGGGCGCAGGGCUCCUGACCACCUUCACCGUCGACACGCACCACUCCAAGUGGAUCGGGUACCAGUUCAUCUUCGGUGCCGGCGUGGGCUUCGGCAUGCAGCAGCCCCUCGUCGCCGUGCAGACGGUCCUGGCCAAAAACGACAUCGCCAUCGGCACCGCCAUCAUCAUGUUUUCCCAGACCCUCGGCGGCGCCCUUUUCAUCUCCGUCGGCCAGAACGUCUUCACCAACCAGCUCGCAAAGAACCUCGCCUCCGCCGUCCCCGAUCUCAACCCCAGCAUCGUCACGCAUGUCGGUGCCACGGCCCUGAAGCAGGUCGUUGAAGAAAAGUUUCUCAAGGGCGUGCUGAUUGCGUAUAACGAGGCCCUUACCCAGACCAUGUACGUCAGUGUCGCCACGGCUACGCUGUCAAUCGUCGGCGCCGCGUUUGUGCAGUGGAAGAGCAUGAAGGGCAAGGAGAUCCAGAUGGGUGCUGCUUAG